CCAUCCCCCCCCCCCCAGUCCGUACGUCCCGCGGUAUAUUUAAUGUGCUGUAAUUAUACUUGCGUGCCAUACACGGGAGUAUAUUUAGACGUACUGUAUGCUCGGACUAAGUGAGUAAGCGCGGCGGGGUGCGUGCGUUUACUGCGAAGGGCUCGACUCAGAAGUGUGCUCUGCACAUGAGCGGUCAUAAUAGGAAACACGCCACGUCUCGAAAAUAUUGCCGCAGAGACCGAACCGACUGCCCGUCUCAUCAGAGUGUGGAAAAGACCUGCCGCCACCCAACCCGGCUCUUGUUGGAAAAAGUAACUGGCGAGUUGCGCGUUUCGGCGCAGUAUUUUUGAAUUGUCGCCGCUAAUUCCGGACGGACGUUCGCGAUGUGCGUGGGACGCUUACAGCGAGUCUAAAGUCCAGGCAGGCGCCCGUCACGCUGGGCGCUCGCUAUCCUAGAUGGACGGAGGCCCUUGAACCUCCGCCGCUUCACUGCUGCUGCCCCCGAGAGCCAUGGAGGCAUUUUUCAAGCGACACAUCGUGCUGCAGCUGCGACGGGCCUCCCGGCGCAAGCGGCUUCCGCCCGGCGCCGGCUGCAGCAGCCCCGAAGGCGAGCUGGCUUGCUGCAGCGGCGGCGGCGGCGGCCUUUCCGCGGGCCGCAGGCCCCUGUCGCAGGACCGUGUUCUGUCCGGGCCUCUCGCCCAACGGAGGCGCUGUAGCCUCGUGGGUCAGGCGCGCUACGCCAAGAGCAGGGCAGCCAAGGCGAAGGGCUCCACGCUGCUCUCCCGGCUCAUGAAGUCGGGGCAACGCGGCUCGCGACAGCGCCGGCGCUCCAGCACGGCACCGCUCUGGGCUAACCCGCGCUUCCUCGUGCCGUCGCACGCCUCCGGCGGCCCCAAGAACGAGGCGCGCUGCCAGGGGCCGGAGGGGGCGCAGGACGACGCCGCCGAGGCCUGCCGGCGUCGGGACGCGAGCAGCAGCAGCAGCAGCAGCGGCAGCUUGUGCGAGAGCGACUGGGACUACGGCUCGGAAAAGGGGUUCGAUUUCGUCCUCAGGACUAGAGCGGACGAGGGGGGAAACACACAGGGGGAGACGAUUGGUCGCGUAGAGGCCCAUCAAGGGCCGGCGAGUUCUCCGGAACCAUCCUCGGCGUCUCCCCCUCCUUUGCCGUUUGCGACGAAAUGUACGCGCAACCCUGGACAAGCGUCGGCGGCGGAGGAAACGGCAUCGGGUUUGAGAGGAAAGCCCAGAUGGAAGCUGGUCCACAAAAAGUCAGGCCGUUGCCUUAGACGUAAGCCGGCCGUGAAGUCGGCCACCGCCCUUUAUGAGGCACCUCAUGUUGUGCACAGGAAGGCCAUCUCUAGGUCGGGCAUGCAGCACCUGGCCCCCGUGUCGCUGAUCGGCCCUGGGCCCCCCGCCUGCCUCCCCUCCACUGCGCCCAAGGACCCCACGGACAGAGAGGCACGCAGCAUUGUCGACUGGAACGAGAACGCUUCCGUUGGGGAGCAUCUGUGGUACGACGCCAGCGUGUCGGGCGACGUGUGCUACGUGGGAGAGGAGAGCUGCAUGGCGAAGACAGCGCAGAAAUCUCUGCCAAGGAAAAAGUGUGCCGCAUGUAAGAUAGUUGUGCACGUGGCCUGCAUUGAUCAGCUGGCCAAAAUAAAUUUCCGCUGCAAACCCACCUUCCGUGAAGCGGGCUGCAGGAACAUCCGAGAGCCAUCCUUUGUGCGCCACCACUGGGUCCAUCGGAGGAGGCAGGACGGGAAGUGCAAACAGUGCGGAAAGGGUUUCCAACAGAAGUUCGCAUUUCACAGCAAGGAGAUUGUCGCAAUCAGCUGCUCUUGGUGUAAACAAGCGUACCACAACAAGGUGUCCUGCUUCAUGCUGCAGCAGAUCGAGGAGCCGUGCUCGCUGGGAGCGCACGCCGCCGUCAUUGUGCCUCCCACGUGGGUCAUACGCAUGCGGAGGCCGCAGAACUCCUUCAAGUCAUCAACGAAGAAGAAAAAGCGGACCUCCUUCAAGCGAAAGCCCAGCAAGAAAGGCAUGGAUGAGCAGGAAAGCAAGUGGCGACCAUUCAUCAUUAAACCCCUCCCCUCUGCGCUCACGAAGCCCGUGUUGAUUUUCAUCAACCCCAAGAGCGGAGGGAACCAGGGGACGAAGGUCAUGCAGACGUUCAUGUGGUACCUCAACCCCCGGCAAGUCUUCGACCUGUCAAACGGUGGCCCCAGGGACGCGCUUGAAAUGUACAAGAAGGUUCCGAAUCUGCGGAUAUUGGCUUGUGGCGGGGAUGGCACGGUGGGCUGGAUCCUGUCGGUGCUGGACCAGCUGCAGAUGAACCCCCAGCCGCCCGUGGCGGUGCUGCCUCUGGGCACGGGCAACGACCUCGCGCGCACGCUCAACUGGGGCGGGGGCUACACGGACGAGCCGGUCUCCAAGAUCCUGUCGCACGUGGAGGACGGCCUCAUCGUGCAGCUCGACCGCUGGAACCUCGACCUGCAAAGGAACCCCGACGUGGGCCCCGAGGAGUUUGACGACGGCGUCCAGAAGCUUCCCCUGGACGUGUUCAACAACUACUUCAGCCUGGGCUUCGAUGCGCACGUCACUCUGGAGUUCCACGAGUCGCGGGAAGCGAAUCCUGAAAAGUUUAACAGCAGGUUUCGAAAUAAAAUGUUCUACGCUGGUGCUGCCUUCUCUGACUUUCUGCAGAGGAGUUCAAAGGACCUGGCGAAGCACGUCAAGGUCGUGUGUGACGGAAUGGAUUUGACGCCAAAAAUCCAGGAACUCAAGUUUCAGUGCAUCGUUUUUCUCAACAUUCCGAGGUAUUGUGCUGGCACAAUGCCCUGGGGAACGCCCGGCGAGCACCACGACUUUGAACCGCAGAGGCACGACGAUGGUUACAUCGAGGUGAUCGGCUUCACCAUGACCUCCCUGGCGGCGCUGCAGGUCGGAGGUCACGGCGAGAGGCUCCACCAGUGCAAGGAGGUGACGCUGACCACCUACAAGAGCAUCCCCAUGCAGGUGGAUGGGGAGCCCUGCAGGCUUGCGCCAUCCAUCAUCCACAUCGCGCUGCGUAACAAGGCCAACAUGGUGCAGAAGGCCAAGCGGCGCCCCUCCAUGCCGCUCCUCAACGACCAGCAGUCGCUCCCGGAGCAGCUGCGCAUCCGAGUGAGCCGCGUGAGCAUGCACAACUACGAGGCGCUGUACUACGACAAGGAGAAGCUGCGGGAAGCCUCCGUGCCCUUGGGGGUCAUUGUGGUGCCUGGCGAUUGCGACCUCAUGGUGUGUCGGACACACAUUGACCGCCUUCAAGAGGACUUUCCCUUUAUCCCUCCCAGCUUCCAGCGAAGGUUCCAGCAGGAGGGCGAUGGCACCAAUCCCCGGGUGCUGUCUUCCCAGCGUCUCUCGCCCAAGUGGUGUUUCCUCGACUCCACAUCUGCCGAGCGUUUUUUCCGGAUAGACAGAGCACAGGAGCACCUCCACCUGGUGGUGGACACCUCUGUGGACGAGCUCUUUGUGCUCGACCCGGAGCCGGUGACAUGUGGCGGCCUCGCAGGGGAGGGGUCGGCCGGCGGAGGCGGCGGCGGCGGCGUGACGGGGGCCGGGCCGGGCAUGCCGGACCUCGUGGAACCCACGACCGGAGGGCCGGAGGGAGCAGUUGCUGCGGAUGAUGCAGGUGACCGAUUGGAGGGAGCUGCAUCCGCUGGUGACCAGUUGGUGCCGAGGUGCCUCCCGGAGAACUCGUCCCACGAUCAGGCGCCUCCCCUGAUUACAUUCUCUUCUGAAGACUCGGGUAUCAUGUCCGCCGCGAGGAUAGGAGACUAUGAAAAGUUCCUUGAUGCCUACAAGAGCGGCGAGGCCAUGCUGACGACGGACUCGGCCGGCUGGACGGUGUUGCAUCACGCGGCGAACCUCGGGCACAAGGAUCUGGUCCGAUUUAUCCUGAGCAGUGGCCCGUCAGAGCUGUUGGACAUGGCUGACAUGGAAACUGGUGAAACGGCUCUGCACAAGGCGGCUAACCUCCACCACCGGACAAUCUGCUACUACCUGGUGGAAAAGGGUGCCUCGCUCAUGAAGACAGACUUACAGGGUAACACGCCGCAGCACAAGGCUCAAGAGGCCGGAGACCCGGAGCUGGCCGCCUACCUGGAGAACAGACAACACUACCAGAUGAUCGUGCGUGAGGACCAGGAGACGGCCGUAUAGCCGGCGGCGGGUGCCGCUCUCGCGAGGACGGACGUUCUCCAUGAUUUUUUUGCCACGAUUGGGCAGGAAAAGGAGGCUGACGUUUUAUUCAGAAAACGAGUGUAUGUUACAGAGCGACGACGCGAGCGUUGGGUAUAGUGAGACGCAUGGUAAAGGGGAGCUGAUUAAAAAAAACAAAUUUAAAGUUUACAUGUUGCACUCUGCGGUAGAAUGGAAAAUCACUCUUCGACUCUCCCCCCCCCCUGGAAUCAUAUUUUAAAAAUGGUGAUGCAAAGGCUCUGAUGAUGAUGAUGAUAAUAAUGAUGGAUGAUGUGACUAGUUUAUUUUUUAAACGAAGAUUUAAUCAAUUUCCUCUUUUUACAGCAGCUUUUAUUGAUGAAAUGUUGUAUUUUUAUUGCAAUGGCGACGGAAGUAAAAACAAAAAUGACAAGAGCAGCGUAAAGAAUGUCAGUUCUCUUAAAUCUCUCAGCAUUUGUCGACAAAGUUUUGUUACAAUAUUCAGUGGCUUUUUUAAAUUGCUUCGAUAUUUAUGUUUAUCCUGGUGUAAAGUUACAUUCGAGUAGGCUAAUUAUGGUGUCAUUAUUUAUAAAUAAUAAAGAAUAAAACGAUGAUUUUUUUUAGGUGAUAAUUUUUAGAUCGAUUUUACAGUCAUUCUCUACCUUGUGAAGUUACAGGAAGUGCGUUCGCUAUGGUUUCGCACAUUGCCUUUCAGGUAUAGUUGAAGGAUAUAUAAUGUAUUUCUCUUUGCCAUAGCUACUAGUGUACGCUUUGGUUUUAAGAACGUUUGGGACCAGAUUUAUCAAAGGUCCCCGUUGUAUAGUGUGUUGCACCCAUGUACAUUUUUAAAGAGUGGAUUCACUUUUUAAAUCUUAGCUUCUCGUCAAUGCACAUCUUCACUCGUUUUCUUUUAGAUGUCUCUACGAUUAAUCCACGUCAAUUUUCGGUUUGAAAUCGAACAGUAAGUUAUUGUUUUACAUCAGAGAAGGAGAGAGAGGAGGAGAAAAAAAACCAAACACACUUUGAGAUAACUUUGAGAUAACUCAAAGUGUAAGGUGAACGUCUCGUAGCCAGGAGCAAGGAAAGUCAAACAUUGGGUUUUCUGGUGGUAAACUCUUCUGCCCGGAGGAAUCCUGGAAGCGCGCGGCUGGAUGCCCAGGGCAGAAUAACACACGGGAGGGAGGGAGGGGAGGGGUGUUCCUUAUUCAUGACAAAAAUAACAUACUCAUUGUGGAGCCCUCUUUUGUGUGAGGGCCAGGGAAAAUGUCUCCACGUCUAUGCCCGCCCGCCGACCCUCUAGAUGGGGCCCCGGUGACAAAGGUGCCAUGGAAGACACUGAAUUUUGUCAAGUCCUCAGGUGCUUUUUUUCUGCCGGCUCUUUAAACGCACGCCGCACUGGGCCAAAGACCAUUGAUACACCUGGGACGCUUUUCUGGCAAUCUUAGCAGCCAAAUCGUCACCGGCCGUGCACUUACUAAUUAACAACUAUAGCAACUUGGUACAGCAUGGCAGAGAGUGGCAAUGCUUUGAGUUUAUUUGAGGAGUGUGUUUAGUGAGUAGAAAAAAAUAUUCGUCGACAGAGCACACAACCUAGGAUUAUCAUGUGACCUCUGUGUGAGAUGUGAUUGGAAGUUUCCCACUGGGGAUCCGCAAUCAGAUUCAUCCAUAAUUGGGCAACUUUUUUUGUUUUACAAUGCGAUGCAGCAAACCAUUGCCAGUGAUGAUUUUGCUGUCAAAUAUUGCCCAUAAAUUGCCUUCGCGUAUUAUGAUUGUUUAGGCUUUCUUCUGACGCUCAAUCUGUGCUGUGGUUAAAUUCGAAUAAUUUCCAAAAGGGCACGGAAGGAGGGUUCUGAUGAUCGUGAUGUGUCCAAAUGUGUGACCUUGAGUGCAGCGAGGUGUGGCUUGCGAUGGGGAUUAACAUGUGGGAGUCAUUUGCUUUGACUCGGCUUGGGAAAUCCAAGCAGAUGGACGGAGCCCAAUUUUCGUGGACUAGCGUCCAUCACAGCGGGUGCUCACUACCGGCAUUUUAAACAUUGCAGUGACAGAUGUUUAUUCUCCUUUGUUGUCGUCAUUGCCUUAAGUUGAUUGGUGCAUAUUUAACUGCAUAUAACUAUACACGCUGUCAUUGGUUUUUCUGGGACUUUUCACGCAUAUUUUGGGGUUUGUGUCCUUGGGCGAGUGGUGAGUUUGGCGUUGCACGGGCGUCCAUGGCUAAAUAGAAUUCAAGUUUGUAAAAGUAAUGCCAAAAGAAAAAAAAAGAGAGCUACAUCUGGGAGGGAGGCAUGCUCCACCAUGCUCUCGUGCCAGUAGCACCGUCAUUACCACUCUCCUCAAGGCUUUGUUCCCGUGAUGUCGCCGUCUCGAGAUCGCCGAAGCGAGUCGUCGAGCGAACGAUGAGCGAGCGACUUCGCUCUUCGGCGAGCCCCGCGGCUUCCCUCACUCUUCCCCCCCUCAAAUCGACUCUCGGUUCCGUCGGAUUCUCAAUUGAUGUUUUUUUUUUUACGCGGCUAAACCUAACUGGCAUCACGUAAACACAAAAUGUUUUAAUUUAGAGCGAGCAGUUUGCGUCGUAGGUGGGGCGGGCGAGCGAGCGUGGGACAAGAGCGGUUUCUAUGAGGUAUUUCGUUGGGUUGUAAAGAGCGACUGGGUUGUAAAGAGCGACUGGCUUGCGGCGAACAGAAGGAUCGACACCAAAUCCAACGCCAGCUCCGUUGAGUUUGCUUACGUUGCUUCGCCCGCGAGUUGGCGUCGUGUCAACACAUUUGAUUUCUCGUUUACAUUUAGCCUUCGGUUGCACAUCAUUCCCGCUCCUUGUGUUCCGCAUUAACACUCCCGGCUAAACGAUUGUUGGACUGCAUGCCCGAUCAUUGACGCAAACCACCUGUGGUGGCCUUUCUCUCCACCACCCUCCCCCUAGCGCAAUGACUUUUUUUCUUUUAAACAUCCAUGUUAAGUGUUUUAUUUUUAUUUUAUAUGUGGUGCAAUACGAAAUGAUUGCAGCUCUGUGGGCAGAGAUUAAAUGAUAUGGAGGAAAAAAAAAGUGGCUGUGU